AUGGAGUACUUGUUGAGGAUCCUCAAAGAAGCAGGGGAAGCCGAGGAUUUUAACUUCCACCCGAGAUGCUUCAAACUGAAACUAAACCAUCUUGCUUUUGCAAAUGACCUGAUGAUGUUUUGCAAAGGGGACAUGCAAUCAAUCAAGAAUGUUAGCCAAGCAGUAAAGUUAUUCUCAUCAAGCUCUGGCCUUUUUGCUAAUAACACCAAAUCAUGGAUAUACCUAGCAGGGGUCAGUAAUGAUUUCAGAGCUUAUGCAGCUAAUACUCUAGACUUUGCCUUCGAAUGCCUCCUUGUGCAAUACCUAAGCAUGUCGGUCACCUCUAAGCGAAAUACAACAGUAGGCUACGAAUACAUGAUGGACAAAAUGUCUAAUCGAAUUCGUUCCUGGUUCGCAAGGAAAUUCUUCUACACAGCUCAACUCCAGUUGUCUACUCGAUCCUCAUGA